CUUUUUACAAGAAAAAUCUCUCAUUUUAUAUUUUUUAUUAUUUUUUUAUUUUUAUUAUUGUCGUCACAACAACCUACUCAAACUUCCCCAUAUUCAACAACGUCUUCUUCUCCUCUCCCUCACCGUUCACCAUUAUCUCCUUUCUCUCUCCUCUGGUCAAGAAGGAGGGGGGAUUUUGAUGAGACAGUGUUGAAAUUCAGAGUUUGAGGAUACUUUUUUUCUUUUUGAUUGAUUUUCGUUAGUAUUAUUAAUAGGGUGAUUUUCAAGGAUUAAAAAUGGCGUCGGCUUCAGCUUCAGCUUCUGCGGUUCUUGGUGGCGUUUCGAAACUUCAAUUGCGAAAUAAUUUUGGGGAAGCGAAUAGUAUUGGUGUUUCUGCAAAUGUUGUUUCUGCUCCUGGAUUUCGUAACCCUAAAAAUUACCCUCGAUUGAAUCUUCGCCGGUCUCCGCCUCGCCUUUCGAAGUGCAGAACUAUUGUAUGUAGAUCACUGAAGAUGAGAAAUAAUAUCUGGAGUCAGAAAGGUUUCAUUUCAAUGGAGCAGAUUCCCUUGGCAACUUCAACCAGAGAUAGAAUGUACUUGUGUUGCAAUCAGACCCGUCGAAGAAAAGGGUCAUUUGCUAGGAGUUUUAGUUCGAGAUUUCCAGCAGACAAAUCAACGUUUCCUUUGUCAAAGAAUGUGCCUCACUCAGUAUGUUUGAAGCAACAUCACGCUCGAUGCUCUGCUGUUGGUCCAGAUGAACCACAUGCAGUUAGCACAAGUCUGGAGGGAACGCUAGAGAAUCCGGGAUUGGACUUUCUGGACCCCGAAGUAAGAAGAGUGGAGAUAGAGGAAGUUUUGAAUACUGAACUUCCAUCUCACCCGAAGUUAUACCGAGGACAAAUGAUAAAUGGACUACGCUACAUUAUUUUACCCAAUAAAGUUCCACCAAACAGGUUUGAAGCACAUAUGGAAGUUCAUGUUGGGUCUAUUGAUGAGGAGGAUGAUGAGCAGGGGAUUGCACAUAUGAUAGAACAUGUUGCAUUUCUUGGUAGUAAGAAGCGUGAGAAGUUGCUAGGCACUGGAGCAAGGUCUAAUGCUUACACAGAUUUCCACCAUACAGUCUUUCAUAUUCAUUCCCCAACUCAUGCAAAGGAUUCUGACGGUGACCUACUCCCUUCUGUACUUGAUGCUUUAAACGAGAUAGCUUUCCACCCUAAAUUUCUUGCAUCGAGGGUUGAAAAGGAAAGACGUGCAAUAUUGUCUGAACUUCAGAUGAUGAAUACUAUCGAAUAUCGUGUUGAUUGCCAGCUGCUACAAUAUUUGCAUUCUGAGAACAAAUUGAGUGGAAGGUUUCCUAUAGGAUUAGAGGAGCAGAUCAAGAAGUGGGAUGUUGAUAAAAUUAAAAAAUUCCACGAGCGCUGGUAUUUUCCAGCAAAUGCUACUUUGUACAUUGUUGGGGAUAUUGAUAACAUCUCAAAAACAGUAUACCAAAUUGAGGCUGUAUUUGGCCGGACUGGCUUGGAGAAUAAGACAGAGGCUUCCCCACCUCCAACGCCUAACGCAUUUGGUGCGAUGGCUAGUUUCCUCGUGCCCAAGCUCUCAGCUGGCCUUGGAGGAGCUUCUCAAGAUAAGGCAUCAAUUUCUGAGCAGUCAAAAAUCACUAAAAGGGAAAGACAUGCAGUACGCCCUCCUGUCCAGCACAAUUGGUCUCUACCUGGAAGUGGUCGUGCAUCUGACCCUCCUCAGAUAUUUCAACAUGAGUUGCUUCAGAAUUUUUCAUUUAAUAUGUUCUGUAAGAUUCCCGUGAGUAAAGUUCAGACGUAUGGCGAUCUACGGAAUGUACUAAUGAAGAGGAUCGUUCUUUCUGCUUUGCAUUUCAGGAUUAACACACGAUACAAGAGUUCAAAUCCCCCUUUCACCGCAAUUGAGUUGGACCACAGUGAUUCUGGAAGAGAAGGUUGCACCGUGACUACUCUUACAGUUACAGCAGAACCUAAAAAUUGGCAAAAUGCGAUCAAAGUUGCAGUUCAGGAGGUGCGAAGGCUGAAGGAAUUUGGUGUGACAAAUGGUGAAUUAGCUCGUUAUAGGGAUGCUUUGUUGAAAGAUAGUGAACAUUUGGCUGCAAUGAUUGAUAAUGUGCCAUCUGUGGACAAUCUGGAUUUUGUUAUGGAAAGUGAUGCAUUAGGACACAAAGUGAUGGACCAGUUACAAGGUCAUGAGAGUUUGGUUGGUGUUGCUGGAACAAUUACCCGUGAAGAGGUAAAUUCCAUCGGCGCUGAAGUGCUGGAAUUUAUUGCUGAUUUUGGAAAACCAACUGCCCCUGCUCCUGCAGCAAUUGUUGCAUGUGUUCCCAAGAAAGUGCAUAUUGAUGGAAUUGGUGAAACUGAAUUUAAGAUAUCACCAAGUGAGAUAUCUGAGGCUAUAAGAGCAGGAUUGAAGGAACCCAUUGAGGCUGAACUUGAGCUUGAGGUGCCAAAAGAUCUCAUAACAUCAUCACAAUUACAAGAAUUAAGAUUGCUACGCAACCCUUCUUUCGCACCAUUGGAUGCAGAACUAAAUGGAACUAAAAUUUAUGAUAAAGAGACGGGGAUCACUCAGCGUCGUCUUCUAAAUGGUAUUCCAGUAAAUUACAAGAUCUCAAGACAUGAGAGCCAGAGUGGUGUCAUGCGGCUAAUAGUUGGUGGUGGACGAGCUUUGGAAAGCUCAGAUGAAAAGGGGUCUGUUGUUGUUGGAGUUCGAACUCUCAGUGAGGGUGGCCGUGUUGGCAACUUUUCUAGAGAGCAGGUAGAGCUUUUCUGUGUGAAUCAUCUGAUAAAUUGCUCCCUGGAAUCUACUGAGGAGUUUAUAUGCAUGGAAUUUCGUUUUACAUUGAGAGACAAUGGAAUGCGUGCUGCCUUCCAAUUACUACACAUGGUUCUUGAGCAUAGCGUCUGGAUGGAUGAUGCGUUUGAUAGAGCAAGACAGUUAUACUUGUCUUAUUAUCGGUCAAUUCCUAAAAGCUUAGAGCGUUCAACAGCACAUAAGCUUAUGUUAGCAAUGUUGAAUGGUGAUGAACGUUUUGUAGAGCCUACACCAGAAUCGCUGCAGAAUUUAUCAUUACAGUCAGUGAAAGAGGCUGUGAUGAAUCAGUUUGUGGGUGAUAAUAUGGAGGUCAGUAUUGUUGGAGACUUCUCAGAAGAAGAGAUUGAAUCUUGUAUUCUUGAUUACCUUGGUACGGUUAGAGCUACUCGUGAUUAUGAGAAGAAGAUUUGUGACAGCAUUAUUUUUCGUCCACCGUCCAAUAUGCAAAAUCAGCAGGUUUUCCUAAAAGACACGGAUGAAAGAGCUUGUGCCUAUAUUGCUGGUCCUGCACCAAACAGAUGGGGCAUCACAGUUGACGGUGUUGAUCUUUUUGAAUCCCUGGAUGGGCUAUCAAAAUCUGAGACAUUGUCAUCUGAGAACUCCAAUGGAAAGAAGCUGCAGAGCAAAAUUCGGGACCAUCCACUGUUCUUUGGGAUCACGAUGGGGCUGUUAGCAGAGAUCAUAAAUUCCAGGCUUUUCACGUCAGUCAGGGAUUCUCUGGGUUUGACAUACGAUGUGUCUUUCGAAUUGAACUUAUUUGAUAGGCUGAAUUUUGGGUGGUAUGUGAUCUCUGUCACAUCAACUCCAGAAAAGGUACACAGGGCUGUUGAUGCUUGCAAGAAUGUGAUCAGGGGGUUGCAUAGCAAUCCAAUUACUCCAAGGGAGCUGGAAAGGGCAAAGAGGACCUUGUUGAUGAAACAUGAAGCUGAGAUCAAAUCGAAUGCAUACUGGCUUGGAUUGUUGGCUCAUUUGCAAGCAGCCUCUGUUCCAAGGAAGGACCUAUCAUGCAUAAAAGACCUGACCUUCCUCUAUGAAGCUUCCACGAUAGAGGACGUAUAUCUCGCCUAUGAGCAAUUGAAGGUGGAUGAGAAUUCUUUGUAUUCAUGUAUUGGUGUUGCUGGAGCACAGGCUGGAGAAGAAAUUUCAGAUGCUGCUACUUUGUAUGAUGAAGACUCGUUUGAAGGGCAUCAAGGAGGUUUACCUGCGGGGCGUGGGCUAUCAACGAUGACACGACCAACUACAUGAAGUCAGUCGAUAAGUAGUUGAUUCGAGUAAAAAAAAGGUCUCCUGGCCUUACAUAGGUAAACAAUGUGUUCUAUUGAGUGGAUAUUCACUUAACCGAUGAGGCUAUCAAAGGGUCGAUGCUCACUCAAAAUUGACCUGAAUGGAAGCCAUUUGAAGGAACGAACUUGAUGCAAAAGGAAGUGUAAUCGAACCAAAAUUGUUUGGAAUGUGGCUACCAUUUAACAUCCUUCAAAAUCACCAAUAAUCAUACAAGAAUAUAUAAAGGGGCUAGAUUGUUUAGUUGUUCCAUAGUAGGCAUUUCAUUGGGUUAUUGUAGUCAAUAGUACAAUCCCUUGCAAUGUCUGUAUUUUUUGUAUUCAUUAUACAAGUACUUUUUGUUGUUGUAAUUUUUAGGAAAUGUUAAAUGUGUAUUGAGGCAAAAGAUUUGUGCAUAUAUUACUCAAUAGACAAUUUGUUAACUGUGUAUUGAUUUUUUCCUUGUGUAUAUUGAACUCUAUUCUUUA